CUGAGUUUUGUUACUGAAACAAUCCUUAGAGUGAAGGGUAUAAUUGUAGUUGAACAGUUGAAACAUGGACAUACAUCUUCCUUCGCUGUGAGCACGCUUGUGUUGAAAAAGUGCCGAAACAUUUGCGCUAACUAUUCUAUUGUCUUGUUCUUUUCCACUUUCCACUCUUCACUUCUUAACUAACCUCACAGAUGGAACCGGAAGAAACCGCCGCCGCCGCCGCCGACGGAAGCGGCGACGAGGGGCUGCUCGGGCUAGACAGCGGCAGCGGCGGCGGUGGAAGGGACAGAGUGAAGGGUCCAUGGUCGCCGGAAGAGGACGUCAUUCUGAGCCGUCUGGUGAGCAAGUUCGGCGCGAGAAAUUGGAGCCUCAUCGCGCGCGGGAUCAGCGGAAGAUCCGGCAAGUCGUGCCGGCUCCGGUGGUGCAACCAGCUCGAUCCCGCAGUCAAGCGCAAACCCUUCACCGAUGAGGAGGACCAGAUGAUAGUUGCUGCUCAUGCAAUCCAUGGGAACAAAUGGGCAGCCAUUGCCAGGCUUCUACCAGGAAGAACAGAUAAUGCGAUUAAGAACCACUGGAAUUCCACUCUGAGGCGUCGGGGAGUUGGACAUGAUACGAUUAAAUUAGAAUCUGGCAGCUUCAUGGAAGAUGUUAGCUUGGAGAAAGCAAAAGCAUCAUCAGAAGACACUCUAUCAUGUGGGGAUGUUUCUUUGAAAUCCUCAGAAGGGAGAGAUGUCAGUUCUAUGGAGAUCAUGGAUGAUAAAUCUGAUGGCAAAGCACAAACUGAGGGUCAAUUACACCAUGAAGUCAAGGACCCACCUACCCUUUUUCGGCCAGUAGCACGCGUGAGUGCUUUUAAUGUAUACCACUCAUUUGAUGGUACGCAGCCUUCAACAUCAAUUCCAAGAUCUGUUUCAAUGCAAGGACCCGUUUUACAAUCAUCAAAACCAGAUAUGGAAUUUUAUAGAGCGCUUGAAGGAAUUUUUGGUGACCAGUCAGUGCCUCACCAGUGUGGCCAUGGCUGCUGUGCUGCUCCAAAUGGUAGAAAGUCCGAAAGCUCUUUGUUGGGACCAGAAUUCAUUGAAUUUUCGGAACCUCCAUCUUUCCCAAAUUUUGAGUUGGCUGCAAUAGCUACAGACAUUAGUAACCUUGCUUGGCUUAAAAGUGGGUUGGAGAGUAGUAGUGUCAAAAUAAUGGGCAACACCUCUGGCAGGGUAGUAUCUAAUGGAUCUCAAGUACAUAUUGGCCAUUAAAGUGCCAAAUAGAUCAUCAUUCCUAUUCUGAGAGAGGACUGGAUAAUGGGUAUGAUAAAGGCUUUAGUAAUGACAAUCUAUUUUCCUUCCAAAUGUAAUUAGGCAAUCAAAGUUAUGUGAAUCACUGCUAUAAUGUAAAUGGAUUCACUAGGUAAAAGGAGGUUCAUAAGUUCAAGGAACAAUUAUUUUGUUUUUUGGGGUGUUGACUGAUUAGGACUUGAUUUGGGACCCUGUAAUUGCUAAAAUGUUCGUUGUAAAAUAGGCCAAUAGGGUAAAAUUACUUGCAUAUCAGUCAGUUUGAGUUGCCGCUGUGAUGCUGUUCACUUUCUAAGAGUAAAACUCAUUUAUGUUAAAAGGCAAUUGCAGCUUAGAGAAAUCAAAUCAAUGCUGAAGAGUUAUUGUUUUCUGUUGUGAA